AUGUCGAAACGAACAAACGAGCAUCAACUCACCUCCGAAAAUUUCAGAGACCAAGAUGAUGAGGAAACAGAAGCUGGACACUUUGAAAAGGCUUCCGAAGAAGAAUUGAAAGAACGAAAACCCAUAAAGGCCAAGAGAAAGCAAGGUACCGCUGCUACUUCUGGUGCUCCAACAACAACCUUCAAUUUUGCUGUUCCUCCAGCAACAACAACACCAGCCACCGCUACUUUUACGGAAACAAAACAACAACCUGUUUGGAGCUUCCCAAUUCCAUCUCAACAACAACCACCAUCAAAGCCAUCUACAUUUACUUUCCAGACCACUCCAACACCACAAGAUGCCAAGGAUCUUCGUAUUAAAGAAUUGGAAAAAAGAGUGAAGGAAUUGGAGAGUGAAACUGAGAAGCUAAAGAAACAAUUACAAGAGAAGAAGAGUGCUGGAGCUCCAUCAGAGGCAACAACAUCAUCGAGCAGUGGCGGAUUUGCCUUCUCUUUCGAUCAAUCCGCAACAAAGCCAUUUGCAUUUUCAUUCCCACAACCUUCCAGUAAUGGAACUGCAAAUACUACUACUGCCACCACUGAGCCAACUCCAACUUCUGCUACAGCAACACCCGCAGCCAGUCAUACUGCUACCACAGCAACACCAACAACAGCAGAGUUGCAAAAAACUCCAACACCAACAACAGUGGAAGAGAAAAAGACAACAGCACCCACCGAAGAGAAAAAGCAAGUGGCUCCCGAAGAAAAGAAACCAUUUAAUUUCAAUUUCUCCAGUGGAACUCCUUCUGCGAAUGCUAGUGAACCUCAAAAAUUCUCAUUUGGAGGCUUUUCAACAUUUUCAAAUCCAUUCAGUGGAGCAGGUUCGAAUCUAGGAGAAAGUCAAUUUAAAUUUGAAAUUAGCAACAAGCCACCAUCGUGGACCAAUACUGAUUACAAACCAAAAGUAUCUGGUGCUAAUGAAGAAGAUGAGGAAGGUGGAGAAGCAGCAGAUUACGAACCAAACCUUCCAGCCAUGAGUCACAAGAUUAUUGACCUUCCACCAGUUGAGUUAAAAUCCGGAGAAGAGAAUGAAAAAUUAUUGGGCGAAUAUAAGGCUGCCAAAUUGUAUCGAAGCGUGACAGUGGAUGGCAAGUCCACUUGGCAACAACGAGGUGUUGGUACAUUGAAGAUUAAUUUGAACAAGAAUGAUGAGAAGGAUGCUCGUUUAGUCAUUAGAGCUGACUCUGUUCUCAAACUCAUCUUGAACGCUAAGGUUUUCAAAGGAAUGAAAUUCUCUCCAUUCCAAGAACAAUCCAUCAUUUUCUCUGUCCACAAGAGUCAACUUUGUGAACAGUUGACACCAGAAGAGUUAUCCAAAGAGCCAGAAUUUAUUCCUCACCUUAUUCGUUUCGACCAAAAGAAUGAGCGAGCUGAUUUUAAGACAAAGGUUGAAAGUAUUGUUGCAAAAUUGGAAAAGUAG